AUGGCCGAUCACACUGAAACGAAACAAAUCGAUGACAAGGAUGUCGAAUUGGCAGUCCUACACGAAAGUGUUGAUGAUGCCAACUCCCACAUGCCAGAGAACGCAUCGAUGUACUCGGCUGGAUCUGAUAGUGCGUACGGACUCAGGAUGCACAAUAGGUUAAUAGAGCUCGCUAGAACCGGCGGUCUGACGGAUCCGUAUCCCUCUCAAUCAGCCAGCUCAGGUGAUCUAGAAACACUGUGGCGUCAGUAUGUCAAAGCUGAAAGUCAUAAACGCACCUUGUUCGCUGCGUAUCACCUUGACGUACUAUGGUAUCACACCCUCUCGGUACCGCGUACCAUCUCCCAUCCUGAGAUUAAACAUGAUUUACCAUGUUCAGAAAACAUAUGGCAAGUCAACACGGCAUCCGAAUGGGCUUAUCGUACUUUGAUCAACGACCAACAGCAGCAACAAUCUUCCCAGCGGUAUUUGACUGCUGUCCGAUCCUGCUUGACUCCCAACCGAUCUUUAGACAUGUCAGCUUUCGAUUCGCAUGGAUCAUUGGUGGUCAUCCUGUUCUUGCUCAGUAGUGUAAGGGAGAUGUCGGGGUGGUCCACUAUGACUGGAAAGGUAUGCAUAGAAAGAUUCGAGGCCCUGCAUGCUUCUCUUACCGCCUUCGAACCAGUUGUUCAAAGCAAUAUCGACUCCUCUUCGAUGUCGGUACUCAUGCAGGCCACCUGGCAUACUGCGAUGAUAGAACUGUUACUCUGGUCACCAUCGCAUACGAAUGGGGUCUUAGAGAGAAGUCUGGAAGGGGCUUUAGCAGCAUCCGCUCGUCUCAGCAAUUCCUCAACUACAUUUUCAUCGCCUAUGGUAGCAGCUUCGGUAGAGCGACACCUAAGCUGGUUUCUGACCUAUCUAGAUACCAAAACGGACGUAUCGGACGAAGCUCCCUGGAUGGCUAUAUUCGCAUUCAAAGCUGUACUCGUGUCUCAUCAAUUGGUCAAGGCCGGCUGUAUAGAGACGCUGAAUAGUAUUCCCCCAAGAGAUAGCUCAGAGAUGCUGGAUUGGAUCAGAGAGGUGUUUGAAAGGAGAAGGAAUUGGAAGGUUGCCAAGAUCAUCGUCAGCAGUCUGGAGGAAUUAGAGCAGACUGCUUGA